AUGGAUUUCAAACUCUCAUCUUGGACAACAAGGUUUCAGGAUACGGAAAAGGAUUCCUAUGACGUCCCUGAAGACGCGUACUCGGAUGUGGGCGAGCUGAGUAACGCGCUGAACCAGUCCCCAGAAUCCAUCGCAUCCAGUGAUCUAUUCGAGACCGCGGCUGCUCUCGUCCACGCGUUUCCAAAGCUGUCAUCAGCUUUUAGAGCGAGUCUUAUUGACAAUAUGAAUACUAUCUUGGUGUACUUUGCCGAGUCUACCGGAUCCAUUAUUGAGGGCGGUGAUGUUGAGGCCUUGCCCCAACAGAAGAAGCUUCUGGAGAAGACAGCCUAUUUGACCCAUGCGAUCCUCCAUUAUAUGACUCUUGAAGACUAUUCCGCAGCCUUUAGCAGAGAUAGCGACAAGACCAAGGUAAAUAAGGCCAAAGUGGGGUUGAAUACCCACAUAGAUCGACUUCUGCGCUUUUUGAGCUCCAUAACUACCCUGUUCAACGUACAACUGUCAAGGGUGUUCAAGACCACUCCGGAAAGGGACUUGUUUGUGCAGCUAUUCACAAAACCUGUGUAUGCUCUUAUGGAGCAAGACUGGAGAAUCAAGAACGACGAAUUGAAAAGAGCCAUGUAUCGAGUAUUGUGUCUUUCGAUAAAGUUUCACGGCCAAUCUUCUGCUGCCGAGAACGCCAUAAUGCAGCAUUUGACAUAUUUCCAACAUCUCCCUCCAAUCAUGGCUGAGCUUUUGGUCACUCUCUUUACCACAUAUGACUACGCUGAUCUGACAGACGAGGUACUAAUGUCUAUUUCGAAGAAGACCUUCAACCCCAAUGACACAACUGGGCCCAAAGCGGUGUCUGUUUUCAUCACCAAGAUAUCGAAGGAUGCUCCAAGAUUGGUUUUGAGGCAAAUGUCGCUUAUAGCUGCUUUGUUGGACAACAGUUCGUUUAACCUGAGACUUGCUGUUGUAGAGACUUUGGGUAACAUCGUGGAAGAUUUGAUUAAGCAGGAUGGGUCAAUGGAGGAGUACGAAGAACAGAUAGAAAGUCUGAUUGCUCUACUUGAACAGAGAUUAAUGGACUCGAGCUCUUUUGUUCGUUCGAAAGAUCUUCAAGCUCUGACCAAGUUGGCAGACUUGGAGGGAAAACUGAUCCCCAAAAGAGCUAUGUUCACGGAGCUGGCUCUUAGAUGUACCGAAGACAAGAACUCCCUAGUAAGGCGUAAUGCUAUCAAACUUCUAUGUUCUUUGAUUAUGCAUCAUCCUUUUGGCCAGUUGCAUGGUUCCAGACUUCAGUUGAGUGUUUGGGAGGAUAGAAGAGACAAAAUUAAGGAGGAAUUGAAGACGUUGGACCCUGAGUUUUUGGCUUCCUAUGAGUUGCCGAAAUUGGAUGUGGUUGAUGAUGAUGCCGGUGAAGACAGUGAUGGUGACGCAAUGAUGGAGGAUGCUGAAGACGAUGCUGAAGAGGAAGAAGAAGUCAAAGAAGAAGAGGACAAUGGCCCUGAUGAGCAGGCACAAACAGAAAAUCCCCUACCAAUUGUUGAUGAUGCUGAAGCUGAAAACGUUGCAAAACUAAAGCUCACUUACCAAUACUACACAGAGGCCAUUGAAUUCGUCAACUGUGUUCACAGAGGAGUGAAAACAGCAGCCAAAUUGCUAUAUUCUAAGAACAAGCUAGAGGUCAUUGAUGUAAUGUCUUUGAUUGUGCUAUGCGACGCCUACGGGAUUGAGGUGAUUGAUCUUGCCGUUGAGAGGAUGUUGCACCUAGUAUGGAUGACUGGAAACAACGAAGAUGCCGCUAAUGUUGUGAGGAAACUCAUUGAAUCAUAUAAGACGAUAUUUUUCAGUGUUCCUGAAGAUGCCUCACCCGAGGAGAGAGGAAAGUACGUUGCAACCAACCUGAUAAAACAAACCUUAUCGGCAUCUGCAGCGGACCUGGCCUCGCUGGAGAAACUUUUGUGCAUAAUAUACGCGGAAGGGUUCUUUGAUGAGUAUGUGAUCAAAGUUUUGUGGUCUCACUUUGUGAACAGCAGUAUACCGAAGACCCAACGCCAUGGUGCUGUGAUAAUAUUGGGAAUGUUUGCAUCUGCUGACAAUGAGGUUGCGCUGAAAGGUUUAGAUUGGCUGUUGAACAUUGGGCUUUCCGAUGAAGAUCUUGUUUUGGCGAAAUACACUUGUACUGCCCUUCGCCAUAUAGUCCCUCCAACCAAGGAUGGUUCGACGUUCAAAGUUGCGCGCGAAACUGAGAUUGUGGAAAAACUGUCUUUCAUGACCACCAUAUAUACCGAAGACACUGAUUGGUUCAGCGUAGCCGAGCAGGCUCUGGAUGCAAUCUUCAACAUUUCGUAUCAUCCAUCAGAUGUGGCCACCGAGAUUCUGAGGAAGAAAUACGAGAGGAGCUUUUUGCAGAAGGAAGACGGAGAGUCCGAGGUGAUCAACUUAUCACAGUUGCUGUUUUUAGCAGGUCAUAUAGGGAUAAAGACCAUCGUUCAUCUUGAGAAGUGCGAAGCAGAUUUCAAGAGAAAGAAAGUGCUGGCAGAGACCAACAAGCCAGAGCACGAAGAAGAGUUAGAGAUGAUUGGCGGAACCACGGAAGACGAUUUUGCUGAUGCAGUGACAAUAAUCAGGGAGAAAGAACUGUUGUAUGGGGAGCAAUCGCUGUUGGCAAGAUAUGGUGUCAUUGCAUCCGAAAUCAGCUCGAAACCCGAACAGUACAACGAUGAAAUGUUACAGAGGGCCGCGGUUUUGUGUAUGGAGAAACUGAUGUGUAUUUCUCCCAAAUAUUGUCAUGAUAACCUGCACCUCUUGGUCCAUAUCAUGGAAAACUCACCCGAUCCCAUCAUCAGAAGUAACUGUGUUCUUGGUCUGGGAGACAUGGCGGUAUGUUUCAAUAACCUUGUGGACGAAAGUACGGACAACCUCUACAACCGUCUUCAAGAUGACAACCUCAUGGUUCAAAGAACUUGUUUGAUGACAGUCACGUUUCUGAUUCUUGCCGGUCAGGUCAAGGUGAAGGGUCAGCUAUCGCAAAUGGCCAAGUGUCUCGAAAAUGAUGAUAAAGGGAUUGCCGAUUUGUGCAGACUGUUUUUCAUGGAGCUGGCUACAAAGGAUAAUGCCAUCUACAACGGGUUUAUUGAUAUCUUCAGUGGCCUGUCGAACGACGCUACUUUGGACAAUGCCGCUAUGAAGAGAAUUCUCAAGUUCUUGAUUGGGUUUUUGGACAAGGAGAAGCAACAGAAGUCCCUUAGUGAGAAGCUGCUACAAAGACUUAACAGAGCUGAAACAGAGGGUCAAUGGAAAGACGUUGCUUUUGUCUUGCAAACCAUUCCUUCCAAAAGUGAAGCGGUUACAAACGCGCUCAAGGAUGGAUUCCAAACAGUGGCGGCAAGAUAA